AUGCAGACUGCUUCUACAAACAGUUUUGAAAGACUGUGCAAUAAGUCCAUCCGUGGAAUUUCCUUGCUACUAAAUAUUCCACGGUCAACGGUUAGUGGUAAUAUGACAAAGUGGAAGCAACUGGGAACAAUAGCAACCCAGCCACAAAGUGUUAGGAUACAUAAAAUGGCAGAGCGGGGUCAGCUCAUGCUGAAGCGCACAGUGCACAGAAGUUGCCAACUGCAUGCAGAGUCAAUAGCUAAAGACAUUCAAAUUUCGUGCGGCCUUCAGAUUAGCACAACAGUGCGUAGAGAGCUUCAUGGAAUGGAUUUUCAUGGCCAAGCAGCUGCAACCAAACCUCACAUCACCAAGUGCAAUGCAAAGCAUUGGAUACAGUGGCGUAAAGCACACCGCCACUGAACUCUAG